AUGCGCAUCUCGGCUUAUGAGUUUAUGAUGCGAAGAAGAGAAGCUGACGGAGGUUAUGUUUUUUUGUACAGGCGGGUUGGAUCAGAUGACUUCGGCGGAAGACUUUCAUCUGAUCUCGUGGCAGAACUUUGGGCUGCUGAGCGCGGUUGUUGUGGGUGUGUUGAUCCCUGUUGGUCUGCGGUGGUCGUGGAAGCGGAGCUGGAAGAGGUCGGGGCGGAGGAAGACGAGGUUCGUUUGGCGGGCGGGCCAGCUCCGGGACAAGGAAAAGGAAAAGGCCCGAAUCAGCAGCGUGGGGCGAUCAUGCUGCUCGAUAGCGAUGAUGAGGAUCAGGUAGAGUAUUGUAUCUUCCUCUGCGGCGGGUGGGAUGGCGCAUGUGCAGUCUCAGCAGUACCGCUACGACUCUCACCCGUCGCUCCCGUCGACUGUGGCUGGGACCCCGACGACCCCAAAGCCCCAGCUGCCGCAAUCGCAGGUGCACCCCCAGUCCCAGUCCCAGUCCCAGUCCCAGUCGCAUCCGCACCCGCACCCCCAGCAGCGCAAACGCAAAAAGACAGACGACGACAAGCAGGGAAGCGCCGAGCCUCGUCGGUUGCGGCGGCUGCACGAGGCAUGUGCACGAUGCCGGGGAAAGAAAAUCAAGGCAAGGGAUACUAG